AUGUCGGCUUUGGGCAACCCAAGCAACAUCUUCUGGCAUGAAUGUCCUGUCGGGAGGGUUGAUAGGCAAAAGCUGCUCAACCAACAAGGUUGUAUUGUAUGGAUCACUGGUCUAAGUGGAUCAGGGAAAAGCACCCUUGCGUGCUCACUGGGUAGACAACUGCACUGUCGGGGAAAACUUUCAUAUAUUCUUGACGGUGACAACCUUAGGCAUGGUCUCAACAAGAACCUUGGUUUCACACCAGAAGAUCGGACAGAAAAUAUACGCAGGGUUGGGGAAGUUGCAAAGCUUUUUGCUGAUGCUGGGUUGAUUUGCAUUGCUAGUAUGAUAUCUCCUUAUCGUAAAGAUCGUGAUGCUUGUUGUGCAUUGUUGCCUGAAAAUUUUAUUGAGGUUUUCUUAAACAUGCCUCUAGGGUUGUGUGAAGGAAGGUAUCCCAAAGGCCUUUACAAGCUUGCACGAGCUGGGAAAAUUAAAGGUUUUACAGGGAUAGACGAUCCUUACGAACCUCCUGUAAAUUAUGAGAUUGAGAUACAAGAGAGUGAAGGAAUAUGCCCCACACCAAAUGAGAUGGCUGGGCAGGUGGUAUCGUACUUGGAAGACAAAGGAUAUCUGGAAGUUUAG